CCCGGACUCCAGGGCGCAGCGUGAGAAAGACUGAGAGUAGUAAACAGAGAGACACAGGCAAACACACACAGGGGCUACACUAUGACCAAAGAGGCGGCCGUGCAAGAACUGCCCCUGAAGGGGGGCCACCUUCCUGCAGUAAAAGCUGGAGGAAUGAGGGUAUCCAAAAAGCAGCUAAAUGAAGAAAAUAACCCACCAGAGAAGCAUGCAAAGAAACCCACGCAAGAAAAACAAAGUUCUGCUGUGAACUUGACAAAGAUGCAAGCCAUGAAUCUCAUUGCUGGGGCACUAGAAAAGCUCAGCCAUGACUUCCCUGCAGAAGCUGCACAGCUGGCGCACCAGAAGCCUCGGCCUACGCUGGAAAAGAUUGUGGUUCCGAAAAAACUGCACAUCAUCCAGCAGCCACGCAGAUGCUAGAUUAGGUGUUAUCGCUGUACAUGUAAUACAGGGGGAUUGUCCCAAUAAAGGACCAGUUGCUGUAUAAUAAAAUAAAGUUUUUGUACCUGUAAAGAUUAAAGCACUUGAAGUUG